AUGAAGUGUAUUAUUGUUGAAUAUUAUAAAGAAUUGGUAGAAAACAAAGUCAUUGGUAACAGUGAUGGUGAUAGUAAUAAUCGCAACAACAAUUUGGAAAGACCUAUAUUUUCAUAUCAAAGAUUUAUUAGAAGUUUGGAUUUUAAUUAUCUAUUUCUAACAGUUGAUGAUAUUUACAGACAUGUAAUACUUUUACAAAAACCAAGUUUAAAAACAAAGACUAAAAGAGUUACCAAGAGAAGACGUCAUAGAUUUAAUCAUAAUGUUACUUAUGUAGAUCACAAUAGCCCAUAUUAUGAUAAUGUUGGUAUUAUUAACUCUGUUGAUAAAAUUGAUAAAAUUUAUUAUUGUAAAGAUUUACAAUCAGAAAAAAAUCCAUUUUAUUCUUUAAGAUAUGUUAAUUUAGAUGAAUAUUUUAUGAUGCCAAGCUAUUAUCCAUCUGGUAAUAAUCUAAAGUAUUUGACAGAAUUUAUAUGUACAACAAAAUUUAGAAAAUCAAAUCUAUUUGUUUCACUUUCUCAAGUUUCAACAAAUAUUAAAACUAUAAUAGUAAAUAUAGAUAUAGGACCAGAUAUUCACAGAUUCCCAUUACAUGCAUUAAAUCAUGAAAGAAAUUUUAUGGACAAAGAAGUAAGAUGUCUGGCAAGUUUAAUUAAAUCACAAAAGAAUUUAAAUAAUUUUGAGUUACAUAAAUGUAAUGAAGGAUUAAUUCAUGUGUUGUCAGCACUCAAAUCACAAUUAAACACUUUGAAAUCUUUAAAAUUAGUUAAAGUUAAUUUGUCAUCUGGUGAUGAUAAAUUGUUGGAUUAUUUCAAUAAUAAUGAUUAUCAAUUCUCCAAACUUGAGUCACUUUAUUUGGAUGAAUCAACCGUAAAUUAUAAUUUAUUGGAAAUAAUUUUACAAAAUUAUUUCAAGUGGAAUGUUAAAAAUGAUCAGGUGGAUUUAAUUGUAAAUAUAUUUAAAAACUGUAGAAAAAUUGAGAGUAUUCAUUUAUAUCAAGAAUCUAAAAAGAAUUUGUCUAUAUUUGACACAAAUGAAAUUUUGGAAAGAUCCAGUAAAAUUGGUUUACCAACAUCUUUAAAACAUUUUACUUUAUCUGGUAGGGGGUGGUUUUUUACUCCUUUGUCACUAGAGUAUUUUUUAACUCCAAAUAAUCAUAAUCAUCAUCAGCCAUACCUCUCCCCUCUUUCUUACACUACUCCUUAUCCUGUUUUUACUUUAGAAAUUUUAGAAUCUGAUUGUUUUACAUUUCAACACAUGGAAGCUAUAAUUAAGUCAUGCAAGAAAUUUCACAUAUUGAAUCAAUUCAUUCUAAAAACUCAUUUUGAUGUUGGUUAUGAGUUGAUUAAGAUAGCAAAAAAAUUUAUAAACAAGAAAAAUUUUGUAAAAUUUUUUAAAUGA